CUUUCUGUUUGACUCUUUUUCCUUGAAAAUUAUAGGGUUAGGUUUUUUUUUUUUGGUAAAUCCCUCCUCAAUUCCAUGGCUUUUCUAUUUAAUUCAACUCCGAUUGGCGUUCGAUUUCUAUAAAUUUUGCAUACUGUAGCUUAACUUACUUUCCUCUUAACAACUCCAAAACCGCUCAUUUCUUACAUAAUUUUAAUUAAUUGACUCUUAAAAAAACUACACUUUGAUUCCAGAAUAUUUGUGGGCUACUCAGAGAAUUCUCGUGUGGCAAACUAUUGGGUUCUUGUGAGAAAAACAGCACUGAUUUUCUAUUGGGGAAAUAUCGAUUUGCAUUUUUCUUGGGUUUGAAUGUAAAUCAAUUGGGUUUCUCGAGAAAAUUUACAGGGUCUUUGAGAAAAUCCAAUUUGUAUAAGUACUGUUUCUUGAUCUGAGCCCCUGCUGAGGCAGUUGUGAUCCGAUACCAGUUUUACGGAAGCCGAAGCGAAAGAAAAAGGCCAUGGUGGUACCAACCAUAGCUCUAUACGCGAGCCCACCGAGCACCGUGUGCUCAGCACCGCACCCAUGCCAGAUCAACGCCCACGCGUCGUGCGAUUUCGAAUUGAGCUCUUGGCCUUCCUCUUCGGCAUCAUCUUCACCGUCCACUCCGCAAAAGCCCGGAAUCGGCGGCCUCUCGUGCCUCCUCUCCUCGCCCUCAGUGCGACCUUCGUCGAGUUUUUCGGUUGGUGGCUGCGGUGAAGAAUUUAGCUCUUUGUGGCACGACAGAGGCGAAGAAUUGAAGGAACUGAGCAGCUCUUAUUACCAUUUGCCGAGUAAGUUCGCUGGGUCUUGUCUAAAGAAGGAUUUGAGCCCAGUUUCGGUGUUUCAGGUCCCGGUUUCGUGUAGUAGUAGCGUCUCUGGAUCCGUUAGAAGCCCCACGAUGAGUUUCCAAAGUGGGUUGUUCAAUGGCUUCGUGAGGAAUGCUUUGGGUUCGUGCGUAGAUUACGAUUCACCCAGUCUCGAGCUCUGUAGCGAUGGAUAUAACGUGGGUCUUGCGGAAGAAUUGACUUUCAAUAUAGAGGUGGAGGGGAAUUCUGAGCCGUAUGUAAAUGAAUUGUUAUUGGGUGCCCAAUCAAGGCACAAGAUCUUUUAUGAGAAUUUUGUGAUCAAGGCUUUCUACGAAGCUGAGAAAGCACAUAGGGGUCAGAUGCGUGCCAGCGGUGAUCCGUACUUGCAGCAUUGCGUAGAGACGGCGGUGCUGCUCGCGCUGAUUGGCACUAAUUCAACGGUGGUUGCUGCAGGGCUUUUGCAUGACACACUUGAUGACUCUUUUAUGAGCUAUGACUAUAUUUUUGGGAUGUUUGGAGCUGGGGUCGCAGAUUUGGUCCGAGGGGUCUCCAAGCUAAGUCACUUGAGUAAGCUUGCGCGCUACAACAAUACAGCAAGUAAAACAGUUGAGGCCGAUCGCUUGCAUACCAUGUUCCUUGCCAUGGCUGAUGCCAGGGCUGUCCUCAUUAAAUUAGCAGAUCGAUUGCAUAAUAUGAUGACACUAGAUGCAUUGCCUCUAGCCAAGCAACAAAGAUUCGCAAAGGAGACAUUGGAGAUUUUUGCACCCUUGGCAAACCGUUUAGGAAUCUCUACAUGGAAGGAGCGUUUAGAAAACCUAUGUUUUAAACAUCUUAACCCAGACCAACAUCAAGAACUGUCUUCUAAGCUUGUCGACACGUUUGAUGAGGCCAUGAUCACUUCUGCUAUAGAGAAAUUAAAACGAGCUCUUAGGGGUAAAGCUAUUUCUUACCGUGAUGUAUCUGGACGGCAUAAGAGCUUGUAUAGCAUUUACCGCAAAAUGUUGAAAAAGAAGCUAGUCAUGGAUGAGAUUCAUGACAUUCAUGGCUUACGGUUGAUUGUUGACAAUGAGGAAGACUGCUAUAAAGCCUUGAGAGUUAUUCACCAGUUAUGGACUGAAGUACCUGGAAAGCUUAAGGACUACAUAAAUCAUCCCAAGAUUAAUGGGUAUCAGUCUCUGCACACGGUGGUGAUGGGUGAAGGCCUGGUUCCACUUGAAGUUCAGAUUCGGACGACUGAGAUGCAUUUGCAGGCUGAAUUCGGCUUUGCGGCUCAUUGGAGAUACAAGGAAGGUGACUGCAAAUAUUCUUCAUUUGUGCUUCAGAUGGUCGAGUGGGCUCGAUGGGUUGUCGCCUGGCAGUGUGAGACAAUGAGUAAAGACCGGUCAUCCAUUGCCUAUGCUGAAUCGAUAAGGCCGCCCUGUACAUUCCCUUCUCAUUCUGAUGAUUGCCCAUAUUCAUACAAGCCGCACUGUGGCCAGAAUGGGCCUGUGUUUGUGAUCAUGAUUGAGAAUGAUAAGAUGUCCGUACAUGAGUUUCCUGCAAACUCGACGAUAAUGGAUUUGUUGGAAAGAGCUGGACGAGGAGGCUCGAGAUGGACACCAUAUGGUUUCCCCCUGAAGGAAGAAUUGAGGCCAAGGCUGAACAAUGAGCCAGUGAGUGAUCCGACGUGCAAGUUGGAGAUGGGGGAUAUGGUGGAGUUAACCCCAGCCAUUCCCAACAAGUCUUUGACAGAGUACAGGGAAGAGAUUCAGCGAAUGUAUGAUGGUGGGUUGACUGUGUCCAGCACUGGGCUUGCUGCUAGCAGUAGGGUUGGGUGGAGAAGUUGACCCCCAUUUUGAUCUCCCUUUUUAUAUUUAUAUUAUAUACGAUUCUAAUGACAAUAGACUAUUCUUGUAUAUUUAUAUAUAUAUAUAUAUAUAUAGCAUAUGGGCCUGUACAGAAAAGCUACAUCGAUUUAUUACUGUGUUCAUCAAAGUGCCGAAUGAUCCAUCUUAUUAA